AGUGUUCCUAUUGUGCAUAGCGAAUUUCGUUUGUGUAUGUGUGCGGACAGUACUAAAAGAUUGGAUCUUUUUUGUUGGUUUUACUUUAUUCCUCACUGAUUUUGAGUGGUUGUUUCUUUAAUUUCUGAUUUUUUGGGAUGAGUAGGUGAGAGGGGGCUUGAUCUUAUUGACUGUGAAGGUGUGAUGGCUUUGGUCUCUGGAAGAAGUUCUGCUCUGAACCCAAAUGCACCAUUGUUCAUACCAGCUGCUCUUCGUCAGGUUGAGGAUUUUUCACCUCAAUGGUGGGAUCUUGUCAAAUCUUCAACAUGGUUUCGUGAUUAUUGGUUGAGUCAGCAUAAGGAGGAAGAAUUUGAAGAAGUUGGUAAUGACUCUACUAAUGAUGAUAUGGAGAAUAUGCUCUCAGAAUCUUUUGAUCUUGUCAUGGAAGAAGACUUCAAUGUUCUAGAAAAGGAGUUUGAGCAGUUGGUGAUGUCGUGUGAAUCACAAGAUCAUUCUGUUCAGGACAAUCCUAAUGAUGGGAAAGUGGCUACUCAUGAUCUUAACAAGGAUGUUAAAGCCCUUCUUAUUAACAUGACACCAAAAUCACCAAAGGAAAGGGCUCCUAAGUCCCCUUCAGGGCUUGCAAAGCAUAUUGAGAAGCCAGCACAGCGUGUGAAUGUCAAGGGGAUGUCUCACCGAAUCCACCAACCUCGUUGAGGAAACAUUUGAAAGUGAUAGCUUGCUAGCUAAUGUUACUCACUAUAGCAUGUGAUCUCUGCUGAAAUAAUUUUUGUAUAUAGAGGGUGUAGUGUCUUUGUAUGUUGUUGUUUCAUGGUGUUGUAUAUUUGAUGGAGCCCUCGGAACUGUAGGUAGGUGAGACUUUAAUUCUGACAAGCCAAAAUCGUGGAAUGUCUAUGGUUGAUGAAACUUAGUAUCAUUUUCAAUAAAUGUUACAUGGCAUGGAAGAACGUGUGGUAGUGUUUGAGGUGUCCUAGGUUCAAUGAGUUGGAGUGUACUUAUCAGCCUUAUGAUUUGCAAUUUACUAAAGGAAAAUGAAAAAGAGAAAUGAACAUGAAAGUUUGUGGAAAAA